AGACCACGGCCCGGAGGCAGAGGGUGCCGACGGCUCCGCGGCUGCGCGGGCUGCGAGCAGGGGGCGGGCGGGCGCGUGCUGGCGGCGGCGGCGGCGAAGGCGGCGAAGUCCCGGCUCCGUGCCCGCCGCGCCCCCGCUGCGGCCCGAGCGGCCUGGCUGUGGGGUCUGUGCGCAGCGAUGGCGCGGCCGCCCGGGCGGAGCCCGAGGGCCUGGGUGCCGCUGCUCUUGCUGCUGCUGGCCGGGCCCGCCGCCUGCGUCGCCAGUCCGGCAGAUGACGGCGCGGGCCCGGGGGGCCGAGGACCCCGGGGCCGCGCGCGGGGGGACACAGGUACCGACGAGGCGGUGCCGCGCCACGACUCCUCCUACGGCACCUUCGCGGGGGAGUUCUAUGACCUGCGCUACCUGUCCGAGGAGGGUUAUCCUUUCCCUACUGCUCCUCCUGUGGAUCCAUUUGCCAAAAUCAAAGUGGAUGACUGUGGACAAACCAAGGGAUGCUUUAGAUACGGCAAACCGGGAUGUAAUGCAGAGACCUGUGACUAUUUCCUUAGCUACAGGAUUAUAGGGGCUGACGUGGAAUUUGAGCUGAGUGCAGACACAGAUGGCUGGGUAGCGGUUGGAUUCUCUUCAGACAAGAAAAUGGGUGGUGACGAUGUCAUGGCCUGCGUCCAUGAUGACAAUGGCAGGGUCCGCAUACAGCACUUCUAUAAUGUAGGCCAGUGGGCAAAGGAGAUUCAGAGAAAUCCUGCCAGAGAUGAAGAAGGAGUUUUUGAGAACAAUCGAGUCACCUGCAGAUUUAAACGCCCUGUGAACGUUCCCAGAGAGGAAACAAUUGUCGAUCUACAUUUGAGUUGGUACUAUCUGUUUGCUUGGGGUCCAGCAAUUCAGGGCUCUAUCACCCGACAUGAUAUAGACUCACCACCAACUUCAGAGCGUGUUGUCAGUAUUUACAAGUACGAAGACAUUUUUAUGCCAUCAGCUGCCUAUCAGACCUUCUCCUCUCCAUUUUGUUUGCUUCUCAUUGUUGCCCUGACCUUCUACUUGUUGAUGGGGACCCCUUAAUCACAGCUGCAAAGCCAACAGAUUAAAUAGAUUAGAAAAUCUUUAGCAUAAAUAUAUUUUUAAAGAAUAUGCAGUAUAAUUUUAGUGUUUGUUAUUAUUUAAAGACUCCUACCUAUGAGUUCAGCUUUUUGGAAGAAAAAGUAAGCUUCUUUUCUAAUUUAAGAGGAUUGUAUAAUAAUGAUCCCAUACUUUUGGAAAGUACUUAAAACUUUUCUAAGCACUUUCAAGUAAGUUUCCUUAUUUGCGCUUCACAACAUCUCUGAGUUGGCUUGAUGAAAAUUACUAUUGCCACCUGACUGAAUGGGACUUGGGACCCAGGAGGGCUGCCUUUUUGUGACCCACAUGCCAUGUAGCCUUGGCCAUUUGGUCGGAUAACACAACAAGGCAGAGAAAGAGCUAGACAUAGAAAUCAUGUCUCUAAACAACCUUUACUCUUCCAACUAUGACUCAGGAGACUUACUUGGAGUAUUACUAAGGAGAAAUUCACUGGAUGGCCCUAGUUCACAGUCAGCCUUUUAGGCAGGAGAACUUUCAAAUUUCCGUGAAGCUUAAGUGCUUUUGGAUAAUUACACAGCUGAUGGGGAGAAUGGGGGAGAUUACAAUGAGAUGAAAAUGGUUCACAUUUAUUUGAAAUUUCCUCUCAACUAGCGAGUAGCUAUGAGAAAACAUUUUUUAUUGCUGUUGGAAAAGUUAGAAACAGAGCUGAGUGUUCCUGAAGAUGUAAAAUUAUAUUAAUGAUAAAAAUACGGGCAGUCUUAGCAAUUAAAAUUUGGACUCUUCUACCACUGUACUUUAUAAAUUAAGGUUCUCAUCUGUGGUUACAGCUAAUUCUGUUGUCAGAGUCGGCAUAUGCUGAGUAUGAUUAUACAAUAGAGUAAUCAUCUUAAUAAAAAUGUAAGGCAUUUUGAUAAUAAAUCAACAUUUUUGGAUAUUUGGAGUAGAAACUUUUUAAAUAUGAGAUUUUUUAAAUUAGAAAAUGGGAAAUGACUCAUAAAGUGGAUUCACCUCGAUUAUCCGUUCAGACUUGUUCAGACUUGUAAAUUGGAUUUGCAGUCAGCAUAAUUUAUAAUAAUGCUUUGGCUUAAUGCAUUGCCUUUUUUUCAAAGGAACCCAAAGUUUCCUUUGUUCCAAAUGGCUGUGUUAACAGCCCAUGUAGAGGCAAAGAAUCUAUGGAUAUGGUUAUGCGGCUGAGGCGUUUCCACUGGAAAGUUCUGGAGUCCUCGGGCUUGCAUGGGGAUGGGGGUGGGGCAUUGUUUGAAAGCUGGCUCCAACAUUGUGGGUCUUUUUUGGUUAAACAGUACUGGAGACUGUGAUUUCUAAUGCCAUCUUUGGAAUUCAUGUCAGAAGUGAAAAUCUUCCUGUGGGGAGAGCGUUCAGAUUCUUCCGGAGCUGAACAAAAGAAAGGAAAACAUGGAGAUUCUGUGAUGUUGCACAGAUCACCAAAUACAUCAGAGGGACGUUGGAGAAAUAAUCCUCGUUAGAGAUGGAGCGAGGUUAAAUGACACCAAGUGAGCAAUGGAACUGGGUGGGAUUCAAACUCAGGACAUCUGGCUCAAGUCCCUGGUUCCAGAUGGUCAUGGCUGAGGAUGGCCUGUGCAUCACCUUCUAAGCUAUCAUGGUUGUUUAGUAGUGAAGAUACUGAGGAUGCAGGCACCCACUUUGUAAAUAAGAGCAAAUAAUUUCUAUAUUUCCUUCUCGUGUAUAAUAAGCUAUAAAUAGGUUAAAAAUAAAGAGACUUCAGCUAGUCUCUCUAGCUGGCAGGGAAGGAAUAAAUUAAUGGAUUUUCCUUCUGCUUACAUUUCAAGUCAAGCUAAUUAUUUCACGAAUUGUUCCUGCUUUGAUUACCAGUUUUGCAUAUUUGUGCUUAGAACUUUCAAUGAUUUCUCAUUGCCAUUAGUGUAAAAUGCAAACGACUUUGAUUACCUCCAAUAUCAUCUUCUGUCACCACUCCUUGCUUGCUAUGACCUAGCAAGACUGAACUGCUCUCCGUUCUUCAGACCUGCUUUCUCACCUCUCAUGUGCCCUGUGCCCAAGCACUCUCCACUUCCUGUGCUUGCUAAACUGCUACUCAGCUUUCAGGUCACAGUUUAAGUAUUUCUUCCUCCAAUCCCCUUGACGAGGUAGGUUUAGGUCCCUGCCAAAUGCUCCCAUAACACACGGGGCUUCCCCACACGGGCCUCCCUGUCACAUUUUAAUAUAAUUGCUGGCUCGUCCUCCCUGCUGACUCCCUAGCAGGGACCAUUUCUUGUAACUCAUCAUUGUAACAGACACUACUGCGUAGUAGGUACUCAGCAAACACUUGUUGAAUGAAUUAAUAAACAAACUGUACUUCUAUGGCAAGUUUGUAUGGUUCAGAACACUUGAAUUUCAUACACAUUGUCAGACUAGCCAACAUUUUUAUGUUCUUCCAUGGGAUCAAACCAUAAGCCAUCCUUUUAGCAAAUACUGAAUUUUGUCUUUUGAAACAUAAAUAGAAAGAUCAUUAGUAACAAUGCUGUUUUACCUGCAAAACAUAGUUGACAUUUUUAACAAUAAUCAUUCUUCAGAAAUAAGAAUUCACAGACCAAGGAUGCAGAACAGCAUUUAACCAUCAUCUCAGAGAAUCAUCAAUUUAUAGCUAAACCUCUGAAGUUAAAACUCUGUGGACUUCCAUUUCAUUCUUACCUAAUAUAACAGAAUCGCCUUCUAUUUUAUCUCUGUAUUCCAUUUUCUAACAUAGUGCUUUUAACCCGGCAGAGACCCUACCAGUGUGUUUUUGUAAAAUGCCUGAGUAGAAUAAUAAUGCUAGCUAUAUGUAUUUAGUGCUGUUCUAAGCACUCUACAUGGAUUAAUCAUUUAAUCCUCACAACAACCAUAGGAAGUUGAUUCUAUUAUUAAUCCGAUUUUACAGAUGAAAAAACUGAGGCUAGUCAUUUGGCAUGAAUUACCAGAGCUUGCAAGGACUUUAGAAACUGUUUAAUCCAAUAAACUUAUUUAAUAAAGGCACAGCUGAGGUCUAGGAAGGAGAUAUGAUUUCCUACACAUUCAUGCCUUCAUGCACAUCCACUAAGGCUUUUAUUAAAUGGAACCCAUUAUCCACACUCAAAUUAGCCAGGUGCUUUUUUUUUUUUUCCUCUUUAGUAAUUUAUAAUGUAAAGGGGGACUUUUUGUAGUUAUAUUUGGGGAAAGGCAUCCAUUUUACUUUCUAUUAGCUUUUUUUCUCUUCUUAAAAACAUUUUGAUUCUUUAUUUUACCAGUCAUUUUAAUGCUUUUAGUAGUUUUUUUUUCCUUUUAAAUAAUACACAGAUUGGACAAGACUAGAAUGUAUUUGUCUUGGUUAAUUUUUAAAAGUGGCUUGCCUAAAAUCCAGGUCUUCUAACGCGGAGUCCAAUGCCCUUUACAUUACUCCUCUGUAGUUUCAAAGAUGAAUUGGUCAACAUGAGUUCAGGUAAAAUGCAGGAGCCAUAUUUGAUUAUCUUAAGUUGGCUUUUGUCAUUAAGAAAAUCAGAAAGUUUGGACAACUCAGGGAUGGAUUUCCAUCCCGGGUGGUUUUUACUACUAUUUCUGUAAUUAAAUUUACUGUCUAUAUACAGGAUUUUGUGCUUAAGAGAUAUUGCUACUAAGGUUGUGUGUCAUUCUGAGUUCUAGCCUAGGGUUCAGCACAUUUUUUUCUGUAAAGAGCCAGGUGGUAGAUAUUUGAGGCUUUGUGGUCUGUUUCGGCUGUUCAACUCUGUUGUAGAUAAUAAUUCGUAAACCGAUGAGCAUGGCUGUGUUCCAAUAAAACUUAAUGGACACUGAAAUUUGAAUUUCAUCCAAUUUUUACAUGUCACAAAUAUUCUUUUUUAGAUUAAAUCAAAUCGUUUAAAAAUGUAAAAACCAUUCUUAGCUUGCAGGCCACACAUACAGAAAUAGGCAGCAGGUUUGGC